AUGUCGUCAGUCUCGUGUCCGUGCUUUGUGCAGAACGCCUGGAAGAAGGAUCUCUGCUCUAACUGCUUCAAAUCCAAGGACGAGCAUGUGAGUCUGACCAAAUCUAUUAAGAUCCCGCCGAUGAGGCAGGCGCCGCCCAAGGGGAUCAUGCGAUCCGGCGGAAAGCGAAAGAAGAACAAGGUCAGUUUCCCAAAGGAAUUGAGCCAGGUGAUCGGAUUUGGCGGGGAUUGGAUAGACUCAGAUACGGAUUCUGAUGCUGAGACUCUCGAGAUUCCGGAUCAGAGUGAAGAACCUGCACCGGUUUAUGAUGAUAACGAGGAUCUGCAGCGCCUGACUAAGACCAACACGGACUUCAAUAUGAAUAAUGGAAAUCUCUUAGGUGAUCCUGAGGUAAACAUUAAAAGAUCCUUUGCCGCUCUUAAGUUGGGAACUACACAGAAGGAUAGCGAGGGAAAGAAACAAACCCUCAAGAUCACUGUCACUCCAUUCAAUUCAACAAAUAAAGUCAAUGAGAUCAAGCAAUUGUUUGGACCGUCGAAGCCUGCAGAAAAGAAGUCAGAUACAACAAGUAUUGUCAUUAAGGCGAUGCCUAAAAAAGCUGAGGAUGAUGAUUCCCCAGCUAUUGUUUCAGUCUCUGAAAAGUCCCUUCUUGAAGAGAUCUCUGAGACACUGGAGAAGAAUCAGUUUGGAAAAGAGACUUCGAACCUUUUGCAAAACAAGAAGGAUGAGACCGAUUUGAAGUCCUCAGACUUGUCAGUGAGAUUGGAGAUCAAGAAUAAUUUGAACAAGUCCUUCGGCGAUACAAAGCGACCUAUUUCUCGUCACGUGCCUGUGAGUAAGGAUCAGGCUAAGCCUCGAGUAUCUGUCUAUGCUAAGAACGUGGACACAGACAGUAAUUCAUCAGAUGUUGAGAAUGGCAUCUCGGAAUAUUAUGAUGUGGUGGAGACGACAACGGUUUCGUCCGGAAGCUACGAAAAUGUUCCCGAUGGCGAAGAGAGUGUUAAGGUGAAGGUGGCCGAGGAGAAGAAGAAACCAUCAGAAGUGAAGACCUACGCGCCGAGUCGCACAUCUUUCUUUUCCAGUCAAUUCAUUACAGAUAUGUGCCUGUCCACGAAGCCAGUAUCUCAGCACCUCAAGAAGCGUUCUGAAAUGUAUGAUCUUCAGGAUGGCAGUUUCAUAACCGGCAAAAUCACCUCAGAUGGCCUAAUUGUGACUAAGACGUCUUCUGAGGAUGCCAUGGAUUCAACAGGAUCGAGUUUCGACAGCAGCAGUGACGAGGAAAUGUCCUCAAUCAAUCGCAGUGAAUCUGAUAGUGGAAUCGUGGCCAAUGAGUACCAGAAUGUCGAGGCGGAGUCUCGAAUGGAAACUCAGACAGUGCCAACAACUUCUCUGGCCACCACUACGACAGCUUCGUCGACGGAUUAUGAGGUAAUUGAGGUGCAGGGACGAGAUGACAUCUUUAGCGUGGAGAAAAGUCGUGAAUUGGCCGGAGAACCAGAUGGGAGUUCAGAUCCAGACGUGAACGGAGAAGCUCCUGCACUGCCAACUUCACCUCCGCCAAAUGUGGAGCCUCGGUCACUGUUCUUGCACAGUCUGCAGAAGCACUUGGCCAUGGAGAAGCCGAAGGUGCCUAGCAAACCGGCUGUCAAUAUUGUGAAGACUUUCACGAAAAAGCCUCAAGGCAGCGUGGCGCAGCAGCAAGUCAUCUUGCAACUACAAUCAAUGAUCAAAUCACCGGACGAGAAAGCCACGGCCAAGCAGGACAGCAAUGAUCCUAGCAAGGCGUCUAAGAAGGGUCGAGCUCCCAAUCCGCCACCGUCUCCUGAUGAAGUAAAGAAGGACGGCGCCAGGAUCACAAAGAUGACGCCCAAGAAGGACAUUCCGGAGCCAAAGGUUGAAGAUUCGAAAAUUCUGCCUCUGGAGCAAUCGCCAACGCUAUACACGAGGAAUCCUACGGCAAUUGUGAAGUCCUCAAGUCCUGUUGUCCGGGAGAAGGACAAGCGUGAACGUGCCACGAUAAAUCCCAAAUUCCGCAGCUUGAAUUCUCUCAAUUCCCACAAUUAUUAUGAAAAGGCGAGGCCAAGCACACCCGAGCCUGCGCCCAGGAAGAGCUUGUCCCUGUCCCAGGACAAUCUGUUGAUGGAAAAGCCCAAGAAGGCAAAGUUCAGCAUCAGAAAGUUCCUGAGAAUGGGCUCCAGCAAAACAAUGGAGGACGCUGGCAAGAGGGGAAUCUACGAGGAACUUCCCGGCACGGCCAUGCAAGCCAAACCCAGGCUGGUUAUCAUUCAUCCCAUUGACAUCAACACCUCCGGAGUGGAAGUGGUGAAAGACACAUCAAAGAUGGGAGUGCGAGACGAGCCCAAGCCCGGCGUUGUGACCGGAAAGCCGCCAGCGCCGCCGCAGAGGAUCAUGGAAGUCAGCAAGCCGGCCAGACCGCCGCCACCCAAGAGCGCAGAAUUGAGACGAAAACAGCAACAACUGGAGGCCAUGGAGAAGAUUAAUGGGGACAAGACAGACAGCGUUAAACAGCGCGGGGACACUGUUUAUGCCAAUUUGGGUGAAGUGCGCUCUUCUAUCGCACCCCGGAAGCCCGAACGCACUGCCAGCAUGCGAGAGAGAGAAGCACAAUUGGAAUUGGCCAGAAGACGACCCCGAAAGCUCCAAGAUUACUCGGACACGGCUUCCGAUGUGUCCUCGUCGAGCGUGUCCCGCGAGACGCAGAACACGAAUCUUUCGCGAUCCGUUAGUGACGCUUCCGAAGCAUCGACAGACGGGAAGCCGGGCAAGAGCGGCGAGUUGGAGAGCGUGGAAGAUAAAGCAAAAGUGAAAGAGGUUGCGGAGAGUGAACACAAUAGUGAAACUGCCCGCAGUCAGCCUUCUGCAAGUCCGGGUGAGAUGAACGAGCGGAAGCGGCGACUGCUGGACGAUCAGCACAACAUCUCAAGCAAGGUGGAGAUGUUCGAGAGGACCAUCAGCGAUGCGAGGCCCAAGACUCUCGAUAUCAAGAGCUCUGUGCAGAAGAUGUCCAACACCAUCGACAGCUAUUUGAAGGAUCGCAUGAGUCUGUCCGACGGCAAUAUAGCGGAAAAUCCGUCCAUCUUCAGUAGUGACAAACAUCCGGCGAAGACAACCGUUGAGAUUCGCAGCAGUGACAUCGAGUUGCGCACCUACGAACCAAUCAUGGUUAAGCAGGACCGCGUGAGUCUUCCGGCUAUUUGCGAUGAGCGCACUUCAAUCUACGGCGGCUCUGUAGCCUCUUACCGCUUGAGUCUCGAUGCACCGCAGAAAUUCCACACGAGCAACAGUUUAGCCAAUCUGCCCAGGACAGUGUCCAUGUCAUAUUGCGGAUCUGAAAUGGGCGAAUCCGAGAUUUACUCGCCGUACAGCUUCUGUGGCGGAAGCGAGGCCGGAGGAGAUGUGGCCAUGGGCGAUCCCCAAGACGGAUGGUCUGGCCAAAUGAAUGCAAAGUCGCGCCAAAUGAAGACCACAAAUCGGCUGAGGAUGAGGAAGGGUCGAAGUGUGGUGCACAAGAACCUGGAGGACAACUAUGGGGCCGUUGUGGUGGCCAAUCACGAGGCCCUGGCUCAGGUUCUCGAUCAGCUGCAACAGUCGCCUCCGAUUCCCAUGAUUCUGCGACCGUUGGCCAACUCCAUGAACUUGCGCUUCGACGAAUUCUCCAUCGUCGAGGGUGGACGAGCUGUUGUGAUCGGUCGCCGGGCCUUCCACGCCGCCAUGUGGGCCCCCAAUCAGACGCCAGUAACGCUCGCCCUCACCGCGGACUGCAAUCAGAUGUCCGGCGUGGCGGGAGAACUAAAGCAACUCUCCGGAGCUGCCAGCGGUGCUCUCAAUCCCAUCACUGAGUUCUGCGACCUCGUUCCCAGCAACUUCCUGCCGCUGAUGCCCAGCAUUCAAGUGCGCCUGGUGCAAGCUUCAAUCUCCGUCCUUCCUCGGAUGCUUGUGGACACCCUGAUGUCUCUCGGCUCAAUCCUCAAGUCUAAGGUGGAGUCUCAAAAGACCUCCCGUGUCACUUUCGGCUCAAUUCCCAAUCUCUCCACCGCCAAGGACUCUGCGCCAAUGCAUGCGCGCGGUUCUGUGCAGAAUUUGUCGGUGCUAAAUGAGGAUGAGGCCGAAGAUAACGAAUUGGACUCCAUUGUGAGUGCACUCACGCCGAAUCCCACGGGAUUAUGCAACACCACAGAUGAGAUUCUGUGUCGUGAAGUGGGCUUCGUGAUGCUGCAGCUCAUCAAUGGUCUGAAGAAUCUUCAGGCGAAGGCCAUCGAGGAAAUGCCACUCACGCUCUCCAACGUGAUCCUUUGCAAGGAAGUGGACAACAAGGAAGCCCAAGCUAGACUCUGCGUUCUCCAGAGUCUCUCCUCGGACACCACACGGGACGAUGACGAAGCCAUGGGAACACUCUGCCAAUGCGCUCAAGUGGCCCUCGCACAAAUGCUACCCGCCACGAAGUUGACACCCAUUCUCACGGACAUCCUGGGCCAGGAGCGCUCGGAGUCGCUCUCCAAAGCCAAGUCCAUUCUCGAGUUCGCACUGUGGGGCCCCUCUGACGUCACGCUGGCAGGAACACCGCGCGAGCGUGAAUUGGCGCUUCAGCGCUGGCUAGACUUGGAGCGCGCCACUGUCCUGCACGGCCUGGUCAGGACGCGAGUGGAGCUCACCGUGUACGACGAGUGCCACCUCAUGUUCCUCGUGCGCUCCAGCGCGAAAAUCAUGAGCGAGGCCGCGGCGCUUCUGCACAACUUCGCCAAGUCCUGAUCAUUGUGGGC